AAGUCCCAAUCAGCACGGACCGGAGUGAGUUCCGACUUGGGAUACUUAAUGAGGAAAAUAGGAUAUCCGAGGCCGUCAGCAGGAUCCUACAUGUUAAUCAAUAGAUAUAAUCAACAGGUUAUUGUCUGCGGAAUAGGGGUCAUAGAGUGGAAGACAAGGAGAAAAAUAAGCGGAAUUGUCUCGCCAUUAUUCCGGACUGUCACAAGCUAGAAAAGGUACCUCCUCGUUUAUCUAAAGUCCGGGUAUGUUGUGUUCCCCAUGCAAUUAAUUGGCUAUAGUGAACAGAGAGGCUUAAGUGGACGAGUAACAGCCGAUCAGACUAUAGGAGUACUGGGUAAGAUAAGUACAAAGUGGUUCCCCUCUCUCGUAGUAGAGACUUUAUCCGUCGUUUUCAAUUCAACAACGAACAAAACUCACAAUGAGUUCGAUUCUAGAAUACAAGAACGCCUCAGUCCCGGCCCUCACAUCACUGGAACGCAUCGGCCCCAAAGGAUACCUCCGCUAUGUCUUCCCGUUCCAGCUCGUCGAAGACUACAAUAUCGACCAAGUCGCUACAGUCUUGAGGACUGGAUACGACGCCCUCAAAAACCACAUUCCAGUUGUGGCCUGCGAGGCAAUUCCUGAUCUCAACUCGAAGCAAGCCGGUGUCCUGAAACUACAAAGACUCGAUGGCCCGGAUUUUGAAGAUAUCGUAGUAAAGGAUCUACGAAACUCCGAUACCUUCCCGCAACACUACUCAGUGCUCAAAGAGAAAGCCUUCCCCGUGGCUGCUUUUGAUGGCGACAUCUUCUGUCGCCGGUCUGUUUGGCCAACUCCCGGAGAGAGACUACCGAUAUCCCUUGUACAGGCGAAUUUUAUCCGCGGCGGCUUAAUCCUCACAUGGUGUAUCCUACACAUGGUUGGAGACGGGACAUCAUUCUACACUUGGACAAAGGUCUGGGCUAGUAAAUGCCGAAGUGCGUUACAAGAGUCCUUCGAACCAAUCCAUCUCGACGACGCCAUUUGGCGCGAUAGAGAUCGCAUGAUGAUGCCGUCUGGCCGGAAUUUUGGGUUUCUGAAGACGCACCCGGAAUAUACUCUCCUUCCUUUCACACCGGCGGGUGCACCGCCGAGAAUGUUAUCACCUCAUCACCGCGGCCAGGUCUUUUAUUUCUCGCCUGCGGCUCUCAAAGCACUCAAAGCCGAGGCGUCCCCAGCUCACGCAACAGUGCCAUCACAUCAACCCUGGGUCUCGACCAACGAUGCCCUUUCCGCGCUACUCUGGCGCACAGUCAUGGCAGUGCAAUCGCCGCUCGACACCCUCGACGGCAAUCCAGUAUCUGUCUUCAACAUCGCAAUAGACGGCCGCCAACGAACGCAUCCACCCGUCCACCCCGAAACCCUAGGCUGCUUCCUCGAAUACAUCGCCGUCUCCCUCCCCAUUCGCAAAAUCCUAGGCUCAUGCAACCUCGCCGACCUAGCAAUCCUAAUCCGCAAAGCCGUUCUCGGCGCAAACAACCAAUACACAGACGACGUGAUGUCUCUCGUCGAGCAGCUUGACGACGUCGACAGAUUAGUCCCAACAGCGUUCCUUGAUGUCCCGGGGUUUAACUGUAUUCUGAGCUCGUGGGCUAGGUUCGAGCUGUAUCAGUUAGAGUGGGGCUCGUUGCUUGGAAGGGUAGAGGCCGUGCGGACGCCGAGUGUGGGUUGUAUUAACGGGUUGCAGAUUGUGUUGCCGCCGUUGCCGGAUGGGGGUGUUGAAAUCUUGAUGGGUGUUGAGGAUAGUUGUUUGGGGAGGUUGCUGGAGGAGCCGUUAUGGAUGAAGUAUGCUGUGGCAAGGUAGUUUGAUUUCUUGUAGUCGAUGUAUACCUAAUUGUUUACCUUUAAUGCGACACCCAAAUAAUAUUAGUGCAUUAGUAUCAUCGAUAUUUACGUUUACCAAGUGGAUAUAAAUACCCUCGGU